AUGGAGAUCCAAUUCUCGAUCCCUAUCAACGGUGGGCGCAACAGUUCAGCUGGAAAGCGACAUGUGAAAUGCGACGAAACCAAGCCAUCAUGCCUCAACUGCAUGAAAUGGAGGGGCUCCUGUGAUGGCUACGCUGAUGCUUCAGCUCCCUCUGAAGCCACUGCUGCAGAACAACGGCCGCGCCCUGCCGCGUCUAGGUCAAAAUCAUCCACAAACUCUUCAGCCAAGUCUCGUGCAGCUCCGAAAAUAAAGGUCAGCACAGGAUCCACGGCCGUUACUGCGAGAGUGCCGACAAUCCCGGAGGAGCCUUCGAUCAACACUAUCUGCUUUACGAGUAGUGAACAGCGAUCCUACUUCGAUGAAUGGUCUUCCCUCAGUGUUACCUUCCUUAGUGGAGGUCUGGGCGAUUCGCGGUUAUGGACUACAACGAUGCCUCAGCUUACACUACAAGAACCUUCAUUGCGAUUUGCCGCCAUGGCAGUUGGUGCAUUGCGCAAGUCCUCGAAUGUUGAGUUUGAGGCAUCUUCUCCUGGGAAUGAGCUCGCUGGUGAUAACAAACACUAUCUUAACGCCAUUGUCUACUACUGCGAGGCUCUGCAAUUACAGGCCAAGGCCAGGCCAACAAAGGAGGGCUUACGAACAGCCUUGUUGGCAUCCCUCCUAUUCAUCUGCUUCGAGACGCAACGAGGCAACAUGCCGGCAGCUCUCAAACACAUCAUCCACGGCUUCAGCAUGCUCAAUGAACUGGCAGCAUGCUCAGACAAAGCCCCUAGUCUCGUCAGGAUUGCACCAGCACCUCCUGCGCUGGUUCAGGAGAUCUUGGACUGCUACAAGCCCCUCGAGUUACAGUCGCGGUCUUUCAUGGGCUCAUACAAGAAGUUCUUCUUUCCGCCUAAACCACCUGGUGUUAUGUCCAACAAAGCUCCUCCAAACCAGGCUUCCAGCCCUCAGAUGUCCAGUCCAGUGAGUCAACCUGGCACACCAUGGACCGGCGCAACUCCAGGCCAACAGAACUCUGUCAGUUUGCCAAGUCCUCAGAGCCAGGCAAGUCCACAGGCAAUGUCAGACCAACAGACACCCCCGCGAGGAGCACCACAGAGACCCCCAGGUAUUGCACCGUUCACCAAACACUCGCCCUACUUCCGACCCAGACAGACCAAUAUUACCGUUAUCGAUGAUAUGCCAGCAGCUUUCAGCACAUUGGAUGAGGCCCAUGGCUACUGGACUUUACUGCAGAGGUUCAUGGUCCAGUACAUUCCUCUCCUGACUACGACAACGGCGCAGCUCGCUUUGCCCAAGGUCAAAGACAGGAGCGAACUUGUAGCUAAGCUGUCCAGUGUGAGACAGAACCCACGAAUCGCCAAAUUCUUGGAGGAUUCAAGGUUAUGGCUCCAUCGGUGGUCAACCUCAUUCAGCCCCCUGCUCCAGGCUGUUUCGGACAAUCAACAGAAUGACUCCCAGUCUUACCUGGCCGCUAUUAAUUUGCACAUUGAGUUCCUCAUCCUCUACGUGUAUACAUCCAUGCCACGAUACUCUGGCCUCGAAACAGCCAAGGAUCUCACGCCACAGUAUAGCCAGAUCAAUGCCAUCGCCGAGACACUAAUUGCGUCUCGUCCCAACUGUGGCUUCGCGAUGGACUCUGGCUGGACAUGGCCGCUCUUUGUAUCUGCUUUCGGGUGUCGAGAUCAAGCCGUCAAGGAAGACGCCAUCCGUAUUCUUGCAAAGUACCCUAUUCGAAAUGCCCUACGCGAUAGCCGCGUGUUCCGCGCAAUUGCGCUCAAGAAUUGGGAAGUUGAGGCGAUGAACGCGAUGGAGGACGAUGAAGACGAGCAGUGGCUACGGCUCAGAAGGAGAGAAUUGGUGUUUGAGGAUCUUGGUAUGAACAUCAUCUUCCGUUAUGCAGAGAAGAACCCGAUGACUGGGGAGUGGGAUCUUGUCGAGGAGGUAGCGGCCUUUAUGGUGAGCGAGGAUGGACAGUUGGAUUGGCACAGACAACCGAUCUCAGAGUCCAUCUCAAUCCUGUCGGGGGUUUGUUAG